AUGACAACACAAGCUAGUAAUGUGUCAUCGAGGGAAGUUAAUAAUGAAUAUCAAGUUAAUUUCAAAAAUUUAAUUGAAGAUUUAGAAGUCCUUUCCCCAGAAAAUUGGCCAGAUAAUAUGGAUAUUCAGUAUGGCGAUGAAAAUAUUCGACGUUUAUCACAGGUGUUUCAAAUUGAUCAAGUUUUAUCUGUUCGAGGUUUUCGUGAGUUCAAAGAAAAUAAAAAAGUUAAUAUUGAUAUUAAACCUUUAAUGACUGUAAUUAACUCUAUUGCAAUAUCUUCUUCGAAGUGUGAACGUACCUUUAGCUCAAUGAAUGUAAUUAAAAAUUUGAUCCUAAAUCAUUUGUGA